UUGGCAAUAACUCAAAAUAAAAAAAAUAAAAAAAGAAAUGAAGUUUGAAAAUUCAACCAACUUAUUAAUUAUACGUGUGUAUCAUUUGCAGACAAAGAUACACCACCAAGUUUCUUCCACCAAGAUGUUUUUAUCUUUGCUCUACCCGGAAAUGUGAAAUCUGAUCCGACUUUUGAGUGAACCACUUUUGAACGAAAUCCAAGGAGAUCUUUGGAUCCUUCCAAGAUUUUGAUUCAUUCACUUAGAGAUCAGAUUUAACAGACAAAAGGGUUUGUUAAUUCUCACGAAAAUUUUGUCAAAAUCCUAAAGAUUCAUCCAAAGAGUUUAUGCCUUUGAAAGAAAAGACUGUUUUCUGAGGUACAUUUUAUUUGUUAUGAUCAUGAGCAACCAGCGGCCAGUGAAGCUAGACGACGAUCAAAUCGCCGAGCUCCGCGAGAUCUUCCGGUCCUUUGACCGCAACAACGACGGCAGCCUGACGCAGUUAGAGCUCGGAUCACUCCUCCGGUCGCUCGGCCUAAAGCCGAGCCCCGACGAGCUAGAAAACUUGAUCAACAAGGCAGACACCAAUAACAACGGCUUGAUUGAGUUCUCCGAAUUCGUGGGACUCGUGUCGCCGGAGAUCCUCUCGACGAAGUCUCCCUAUACGGAAGGCCAGCUCCGGCAGCUGUUCAAGAUGUUCGACAGGGACGGAAACGGUUUCAUCACGGCAGCAGAGCUGGCUCACUCCAUGGCCAGAUUAGGCCACGCGUUGACGGCGGAGGAGCUCACCGGGAUGAUCAAAGAGGCCGAUAUCGACGGUGAUGGGAGAAUCAGCUUCCAGGAGUUCUCUCAUGCAAUUACUUCGGCGGCUUUUGAUAAUUCAUGGGCUUGAGAAAGAAGGGAAAUUGGGGAAUUUUCUUGUUUUUGUACUAAAGGUAGGGUAUAUAUGCUAUGGCCUUUUUGUUGUUUUGUUGUUUUUCUAAACAUUUUUUUUUUCUUUUAUUAAUAUGAAUGACUUUAAUUUUGAGUUAUGAAUCCAAAUUUGUUUAGAACGUAAUUGGAAUGAUGUAAAUUAUUUGUAAUUUUGAUUUUUGAUGCUUUGGGGUUUGUUUGGGGACUUCUCAUAAAAUAAAAUUGGAACGACACAGAAA